AUGCAAGACUAUGGACAGGGACUAUGCAAGAAUUCCAUUUAUGAACAUACAAAAAAGGAAGGGUUGGGCACUGAGUUCAACAUUAAUGAAUGGAUGAUUCUUAUUGUUGAUUUCUUUUCUCUUUUUAUUUUCAUACUUGAGGAUGACAAUGGUUCUGAAGACAUUUGCUACACCAUCGUUAAUCAUGCUCACUAUAGAAGAUCCUCCAGGAACUCCAAUGAUGAUGCUUAUGAAAACAUUGAUUCCCACACGAAGAGAGUGAAACAAUUUAGAGAUGGGUCAGAAACAGAAUAUGCCCUUCUCAGGACAACUGUAGCUGCUAGACCUUCUUGCACCCAUGAACCUGAUUAUGAACUUGUUCUGCCUUAUUAG